AUGUGUGAAAUGGACACGGAUAGUGCGUAUAUCGCCAUCUCAGGGGAAAGUGUAGAAAGUUCAGUGAAACCCGAACUAAGAGUUAAGUUUUAUCAAGAUAAGUGCAACUGGCUUUUAAGAGCUGAUACGCCUGAACAGAAAGCCUAUGAUAAGAGAAAGCCAGAGUUAUUUAAAGUAGAGUGGGAAGGACAAGGAAUCAUUGGUUUGUGUAGUAAAUGUAGUAGUACUGUACUGCAGUACUGUUUUGGGGCGAAAGAUAAGUUUUCUUGCAAAGUGGUCAAUAAAAAAUGUAACGACAUUAACAAAGAUAAAUAUGAUUCUCAUGAUCUGAUUAUUCAUUGCUUUUAUAUGUGUAUUUUAUAUUGUUGUGAAGGCCGUAAGUUAGAUUAAGAUUUACAAUCGUACAUUCAAAAACACAAAUAAAGUUUCCAUCAUUCUACUCCGAGCGAGAGGCACAUCAACUACAUCGCCCUAUUGGAUCGAUCACCAUAGUUCAGACAACCAUAAUAAGCUAAAGAUGGCGUCCAACAUUCCCAUUUCUCUAGUGAGGGCGAAAGCAGAUAACUUCCAGCAGGAGAAACAAAAGUCAAGACAUUUGUCAAAAGACACCAUAUCGUUGGAGUAGACCAUCAGUGCUCCUCCAUUCUCGAAAACGCCUUGUGUUAGACAUUGAAACUUUGUCCCGCAGUUUGGGCAAAAUUCUUCGGAGGAUGUUCCUUCGCCAUAUUUCUUUUUUAACUGUGUCACAAUUGAGGAAUGCGAACUUGUAGCUCGAUUUAAAGUGGUACGCACACAAAAAGUAACAGAAUCCUUAUCUUUGAGGUGGGAUCUUUUAAUGUGGCGUAUUAAAAGCAUCCGGAGAAGGGAUUCCCUUUGGUCACAUGAGCAAUUAUGUUGAAGCUGUAGAAAAACUCGUUUUAUUAAUCCAGGCCAAGACAGAUCUUCAAGUGGGUUUGACGCAAACUUGCCUGAUGACUCGCCCUUUCCCUGUUUCGUCCCUCCAGGGUGGCUAACAGCACUAAUAUACAGUUNAAAACUCGUUUUAUUAAUCCAGGCCAAGACAGAUCUUCAAGUGGGUUUGACGCAAACUUGCCUGAUGACUCGCCCUUUCCCUGUUUCGUCCCUCCAGGGUGGCUAACAGCACUAAUAUACAGUUUGUUGAUGACCUCCAAGGUCAAACCUUGAACUGGGAGGAGCUUAUGAGAAGUAACACAUUUGCUUCAAUUUAUUCAGCAAAUGAUAUUAACAAGAUACGAAUGACUGAUUGCUGCCCAGCGAAGGCUUUAAUUGAAGACCUCCUAUCCAGAGAAAUUCCACUAAAAGUCUUGCUAAGAGUUCUAUUUAAAAUUGGCAUGAAAAAAUGUUCAUUUUCAAUCCUUGAAAGACAGAAACCCAAACUUUUAACACAUGGGCCAUCAAUGGCAAAGUACUAGGGACAAGGCAGUAUAGUUUUUAUCUCUAGAAGUGGGUUGGACCCUGCCUCAACAGUUAAAAGUCAAAAAAAGACAGAAAAAAAAGACAAAACAUGACAAAGAAAAGACAAGGCAUGAAGUUCAAACAAGGGAAAUCUUAUUUUUCCUGUAGUAAUAGACACACCGACUGUUGCUGGUUGUUUAUCAGGUGUGUCAUCACUGUAGGAAGUAUCUGGAGUAGAUAAAGAGAGAAUGUUGUAGCACUGCCUAGGUGUGUUACUCUACAUAGACUCUAAAUGUAAUAUUUUUGGGGAUCAAACUUCGGUUUCUCCUUUGACAAAGUCUCAAGUUCUCAGCUUACGUGCCAUAGGGAAUGUAUAUAGAACCGUGUCAAUGUAGACACUCAAGAGUGACAAACGUCAUUUUCCUCUAAACAGCUGAUCCGUACACAAGAGAAAAGGACAUAGCUUUCAAUGGCGGUGUUUAUCAACUUGCAAUGAUUUUCAACAACAAUCUUUUUUGUGAACAUUUGGCAUUACCGAAAAGGGAUUAACAAUAGUUUUUGUUGUGGCUUUUCUCCAGUUCUGUCCUUGCUCCUUGAAGUAUCUUUAGCCUCUCAACCAGCCAUGGCAAUAAAAGAAUUGUUCAAAAGUGUGUCAAUGGCCUUUGGCUGUUCCUGGGACAAUUCUUCACUACCUCAUGUACCUGGCUGAUUUAAAAUGGUACUCAGGGUGUGUUAGUUGUUCAUAAACUUUUAAAUGGACGGUCUAGGAAACGUAUUAGCGUACAACAGGUCUUUUGAGGGAGGGGGCAUUUCAGGUGCAAAACUGGCUAAACUUUUCUAGUUAUUUAUUUCCCAGAUAAAACAUUAGUAUUGCUUUUUCUUCACUAAAUGAUACAAUAAAAUAAUAUAUCUUAAAGUGUGUAUAACAUGAGUGUAGUGAGUUUUGAAGUUUGUUUGUUACAGUUUGUUAAGAGUAUCUCUAAUUUAUUUAUGAGUGCGAAUUUAUAUAUAAGGUUAGUUUGUGCUGUUAGAAUAGUGCGUUUGCAACCUCGUUAAGUUGCCAAAUUUUUGUUCUACCCGUCCCCAAGGAGCGAGCAUUCUUCCAUCCAAACGCUGGACUGAACCGACAGCGAAGCAGCAGUAUGGCGUUUCACUUCAUGAACGGGCUCUUAAGAGAUGAGCUGAAUUGUUACUUCUUGCUUGAACUUGCUCAUGAAUAUCAAAUAGAGUCCAAUGUUGAGAAGUGCCAGUCGUUUAUGUUUUUUAUGGUCAAAGAAAAGAUAGAGAAUGACGUUCUUACGAUGCUCAUCUACGGGCAAAACUAUCACUUUAAAGCUCUUACAUCAGCGUGUAUAGAUGAAGUACGACACUUAUCGUUGAAGGAAUGA